AUGGAAUUCGACAGCUUCGCAGCGGGACAAAGAGGCACUCUUUUCUGGCAUGCCCAUAUAUCAUGGUUAAGAUCAUCUCUCUAUGGUCCAAUACUCAUUCUUCCCAAACUCGGCACUCCUUAUCCAUUUGCUAAACCUUACAAGGAAGUUCCAAUCAUCUUUGGAGAGUGGUUCAACUCAGAUCCAGAGGCAAUCAUUAAUCAGGCAAUGCAAACAGGUGCAGGCCCAAAUGUCUCUGAUGCCUACACUAUCAAUGGACUUCCAGGGCCAUUAUAUAACUGUUCUGCCAAAGAUACUUUCAAGUUGAAGGUAAAGCCAGGAAAGGCUUACCUUCUUCGCAUGAUCAAUGCCGCACUCAAUGACGAGCUUUUCUUCAGCAUAGCAAACCAUACUCUCACAGUUGUGGAAGUUGAUGCAAUUUAUGUGAAACCAUUUGAUACCGACACACUUCUCAUUACCCCUGGACAAACCACAAAUGUUCUUCUAAAGACCAAGCCUCACCACCCAAAUGCCAAUUUUUUCAUGUCUGCUAGACCUUACGUGACUGGUCAAGGACCUUUUGACAAUUCAACUGUUGCUGGCAUUUUAGAAUAUGAAGACAAACUCCGCAGCUUAGCCAGUGCAGAAUUCCCUGCCAACUUGCCUCAAGAGGUUGACAGGCAAUUUUUCUUCACUGUAGGUCUUGGAACAAACCCGUGCUCUAAGAACAACCUGUCAGGGACCAAAUGGAACAAGGGCACUAGCAUACUUGGUGCUGAGAGUCACCCUCUUCAUUUGCAUGGUUUCAAUUUCUUUGUUGUUGGUCAAGGUUUUGGAAACUUUGAUCCAAGGAAGGAUUCUAAAAAUUUCAAUCUUGUUGACCCAGUUGAAAGGAAUACCGUGGGAGUGCCCUCCGGAGGCUGGGUUGCCAUACGGUUUCUAGCAGACAAUCCAGAAGCGCACACAAGCUGGGGCCUGAAGAUGGCUUGGGUUGUCUUGGAUGGGAAACUACCCAAUCAGAAGCUGCUUCCUCCACCAGCUGAUCUUCCUAAGUGCUGA